AUGGUAAUUCAAUUGCUAGUUGGUAGCAAAAAUUUACACAUUAGUGGUAGCGAUCGUUUGAAAAGAUUUACGAACAAGCGUCGUUUUACCAGAAGCAGACCGAGACAUACCAGAACUGAUACACGACACUCUUCAACAUUUCCUCUCGAUGAAGACAGUAUCGAAUAUAGCACUGAAGAGGAAGACGACAUUACAUCCACAAUUACUAGUGGAGAAGUAUUAGCACCAGAAAAUAACAGUAACACUGGUGAUAAAAAUGUUUCGGUCAAAAAUUCAAAAACUGAUGAUGCAAGAAAAUCUGUUGAAUGGAAUAGUGAUGUCAACAUUCACCAAGGCAGGUGUUGUAGUUGUAGCAUUGGACCCGCUGGACCACAAGGACCUCCGGGAAAGAAUGGAAAAAAUGGCGUUGAUGGUUUACCUGGAUUAGAUGGGUUACCAGGUAAGCAUAGUGAUGAAACUGUGGUGACAGAAGCUGAAGAUUACUGCUUUGAAUGUCCUCCUGGUCCACCGGGACCAGCUGGGCCUGAAGGACCAAAAGGAUUACCAGGAGUUGCUGGAACUCAAGGAGCAGAUGCAAUAGUUGAACCAGGACCACCAGGACUACCUGGACUACCUGGACUUCCCGGGCCACCAGGGCCACCAGGACCACCAGGACCUAAAGGUUUACCUGGCACUCUUACUGAAGUGCCAGGACCACAAGGUUUACCAGGUCUUCCAGGACGACCUGGACCACCUGGUUUUCCAGGGCAACCAGGUUUAAGUGGAAAACCUGGUCCUGUCGGUCCAUUAGGACCACCAGGUGAUCCUGGAGUGCAAGGUGCCCCAGGAGCAGAUGGCUUACCUGGUGAACCAGGAGAAUUUGGUUCUGAGGGUAGUCCUGGCACAUGUGAUCAUUGUCCACCACCACGAACAGCGCCUGGUUAUUAA